AAGAAGAUAUUUGCAUUUAGAUAGUGUAUUAAUACUUUCCAUCUUUUACGAUUUUCAUACCUUGAAUUUCGAAAGAACAAACGCUAGGAUUUGAUGGGUUUUGAGAAAUUCAUAUGAGAAGUUACACUCUUUAGUUUUACAAUUCGACGUGGAAUUUCUUUGGAGAAUCUGUUAGAAAGCAUCUGAGUCGGAAUUCGAGAGUUUUGAUGAUCGAUGGCUCCCAAAACAGGAAAAGCAAAGCCUCAUAAGGCCAAAGGAGAGAAGAAGAAGAAGGAAGACAAAGUUUUACCAACCGUGCUCGAGAUAACCGUGGAAAGCCCCGACUAUUCUCAAGUGACGCUCAAGGGAAUUUCAACGGACAGGAUUUUGGACGUUCGAAGGCUGCUAGCCGUCCACGUGGAAACAUGCCACCUCACUGACUACUCGCUCUCUCACGAGGUGCGAGGAUCUGAGCUGAAAGACUCUGUCGAAGUCGUCUCUCUCAAGCCUACUUUUCUCAGCAUUGUCGAAGACGACUACACCGAAGAACUAUCCGUCGCUCACGUCCGUCGACUUCUCGACAUCGUCGCGUGUACGACUUCCUUCGCCUCAAGACACUCACCAAAGAGCCCAAAAGAACCCGGUCCAACCAAACCCGGUUCGGAUGACGGGUCCCCCAAAACCGUCACCACCACAACCACAGCCAAACCUACCAAAGACGGGAAACCAGAAUCUCCCUCAGCCGUUGAUGCAGAAAAGGCAGAUGCGGCGACGGCUGCAACGGUGUCGAUUUACCCUCCACCAAAGCUCGGGCAGUUCUACGACUUCUUCUCGUUCUCGCACCUCACGCCGCCGCUCCAAUAUAUUCGGCGUUCGUUGCGGGCGUUUGUCGAGGAUAAGAAGGAAGAUGAUUUCUUUCAGAUUGAUGUUAAGAUUUGUAAUGGGAAGCUGGUGACAGUUGUUGCUUCACGGAAAGGGUUUUAUCCAGCAGGGAAGCCGCUACUUCUAAGUCAUUCGUUGGUGGGUUUGUUGCAACAGAUUAGCCGGGCAUUUGAUGGCGCUUACAAAUCCCUUAUGAAAGCUUUCACAGAGCACAAUAAGUUUGGGAAUCUUCCAUACGGUUUCCGUGCCAAUACAUGGGUUGUCCCUCCCAUCGUUGGGGAAGCUCCAUCCAUCUUCCCCCCUCUUCCUGUAGAGGAUGAAAGUUGGGGCGGAAAUGGUGGUGGUCAAGGAAGAGAUGGGAAGCAUGAUCAAAGGCAGUGGGCAAGGGAAUUUUCAAUCCUAGCUGCCAUGCCAUGUAAGACCCCGGAAGAAAGACAAAUCCGAGACCGGAAAGCUUUCUUACUUCACAGUCUAUUCGUCGACGUUUCAGUUUUUAAAGCAGUUGCGGCAAUUCAGCAUCUUAUCGACAGCCGUAAGUGCUUGAAUGAAAAUCCAAGUAGUCAUCCAAACUCAAUUUCUUAUGAGAAACAAGUUGGUGAUUUAAGGAUCACAGUAACAAGAGAUGCACAUGACGCAAGCACGAAGCUGGAUGGUAAAAAUGAUGGAAGUCAGCCACCCGGAAUGUCAUCUGAGGAGCUUGCUCAAAGAAAUUUAAUGAAAGGGAUAACUGCAGAUGAGAGUGCGACAGUUCAUGAUACUGCUACUUUAGGUGUUGUGGUAGUUAGACAUUGUGGAUACACGGCAGUUGUAAAAGUUCCAGUCAUUGUCAAUUGCGAGGGGACUCCUGUGCCUCAGGACAUUGACAUUGAAGACCAACCUGAUGGAGGUGCCAAUGCCUUGAAUGUCAACAGCUUGCGGAUGUUAUUGCACGAGGCAUCCACACCUCAAUCGCCUGGUGGAGACCAACGCUCAGAGUCUGACGAUUUAAAGUCUGCCAGGUUGUUAAUACGGAAAGUAAUAGGGGAUAGUCUAGCAAAGUUACAAGGAGAGCCUACUAAACAGAGAAGAUCCAUCCGAUGGGAGCUUGGAGCAUGUUGGGUGCAACAUUUGCAAAACCAGGCUUCUGGGAAAACUGAAUCUACGAAGAGUGAUGAUAAAAAAGUGGAACCCACUGUCAAAGGUCUAGGGAAGCUAGGGGGACUGCUAAAGGAGAUUAAGAAGAAGACAGAUGACAAGAGCAGCAAACUUGAUACGGGAAAGGAAAAUUCUACCUGUAAUAGCUCCAGCUCAAGCAAGAAAGACACAACGGAUACUGCUGACCGGAAAGAACUAGAGAAACAAGAGUUGGAAAAGGAAGCGAUGUUGAGAAAGCUGCUUCCUGGCCCAGCAUUUCUACGUCUGAAAGAAUCUGAAACCGGUCUGCAUUUGAAGUCACCUGAUGAGUUGACUCAGAUGGCCCAUAAAUAUUAUGCUGAUACUGCAUUGCCAAAACUGGUAGCAGAUUUUGGUUCCCUUGAACUUUCUCCAGUUGACGGAAGAACAUUGACUGAUUUUAUGCACACAAGGGGUUUGCAGAUGCAUUCUUUGGGAUGUGUGGUUGAACUUGCAGACAAGCUCCCUCAUGUACAAUCUCUAUGUAUCCAUGAGAUGGUUGUUCGGGCCUUUAAGCAUAUACUCCAAGCAGUUGUUGCGGCGGUGGAUGAUGUCGCUGACUUGGCUGCAUCAGUAGCCUCAUGUUUGAAUAUCUUGCUUGGAUCUCCAUCAGUUGAAAAUGCUAAUAUGGAGUUGGUUAAUGAUGAUAACCUCAAAUGGAGGUGGGUCAAAACCUUCCUUUUGAAGAGGUUUGGAUGGGGAUUGAAAGAUGAAAGUUGUUGUGAUUACCUCAAAUGGAGAAAGUUUGCUAUUCUUCGUGGCCUUUGCCACAAGGUUGGACUUGAGCUAUUUCCCAGAGACUAUGAUAUGGAUGCCGCAUCUCCCUUUAGGAGCACAGAUAUUAUCAGCAUGGUCCCUGUAUAUAAGCAUGUAGCUUGCUCCUCUGCAGAUGGACGCACGCUGUUGGAAUCAUCCAAGACUUCCUUGGAUAAAGGCAAGUUGGAGGAUGCUGUCAACUAUGGCACUAAGGCACUUUCAAAACUUGUGGCAGUAUGUGGUCCUUAUCAUCGAAUGACUGCCGGAGCAUAUAGUCUUUUGGCUGUAGUUCUUUACCACACAGGUGAUUUUAACCAGGCAACCAUCUAUCAACAAAAGGCUUUGGAUAUAAAUGAGCGGGAACUUGGUCUUGAUCAUCCGGAUACAAUGAAAAGUUAUGGGGAUCUUGCUGUUUUUUACUAUCGGCUUCAACACACUGAAUUGGCCCUAAAGUAUGUUAACCGUGCAUUGUAUCUAUUGCAUCUAACAUGUGGCCCUUCGCAUCCGAACACUGCUGCAACCUACAUUAAUGUGGCAAUGAUGGAAGAAGGCCUUGGCAACAUACAUGUUGCACUCAGAUACCUGCAUGAGGCUCUCAAGUGUAACCAAAGACUGCUUGGAGCUGAUCACAUACAGACUGCAGCCAGUUACCAUGCCAUCGCCAUUGCUCUUUCUUUGAUGGAAGCCUACUCAUUAAGUGUUCAACACGAGCAGACCACACUUCAAAUAUUGCAGGCCAAACUUGGUACGGAAGAUCUCCGAACUCAGGAUGCUGCUGCAUGGCUUGAAUACUUCGAGUCCAAGGCCUUGGAGCAGCAAGAAGCUGCACGCAAUGGUACUCCGAAACCAGAUGCCUCUAUUGCCAGCAAAGGCCACCUCAGUGUGUCGGACCUUCUGGAUUACAUAAACCCAGAUGUGGAUAUGAAAGUAAGAGACAUUCAGAGGAGACAAGCUGCCCGUGCAAAGAUGAGAGGCAAACCAGGCCAAAAUCAAUGGGAAACUGCCACAGAUGAAGAUCAAAAGGAUGCACCUUUAUCACCAACUUACCCUUUGAAUGAGAACUCCAAUGAUAAAGAAAACAGCACCAAAACUCAACCUGUUGAAUCCAAGGACAAGAUGCCUGUCAUCGGUGUGGCAGAUGAGCUGCCUGCAUUGCACCAACAAGAUGAAACAAUGCAGGUCGACACCUCUGAUGAAGGGUGGCAAGAAGCCGUCCCGAAGGGCCGCACUCCUGCAAGUCGCAAGUCUUCUAGUUCAAGGAGACCAAGCCUAGCAAAACUCAAUACAAGCUCUGUGAACAGCUCAGAAUCCGCACAAUAUAGAGCAAAAACCACCAACUUCCCUUCCCCAAGAAUGUCUCUGAGUGAUUUUGUUGGAGCUGCUGCUGCUGCUGCUGUUUCUACUCCCAAGAAGUUGCUCAAGACCUCAAGCUUCAGUCCAAAACCCAAUGCCCUUACCAUCUCAGCGAGCAGUGUGGAGAAAUCCACUAAUGCAAAAUCAGCACCAGCUAGCCCUUCCAGUAAAAUCCAACCUGUCAAAUUGGCUCCUCUAUCUAGUCCAAUCAGCACGCAGUCGGCUGGAAAACUUCUGUCAUACAAAGAAGUAGCAUUGGCUCCACCAGGGACAGUAAUGAAGGUUGUGGCGGAGCAGCGGCCAAAGGAGAACCAUCCAGACGAGCAGAAACAUCUAGUAACUGAAGAAGCAACAGCUACUGAAAAGCUCAAUGGAGAGAAAAAGGUUCAGAGUACUGUUGAAGAAGUGGACGAAGUGCCGUCCUCUGGUCAGGAAGUAAAGAGUCCUGUUGGCAUUCAGGUAAAAAAAGCAGAAGCAGACGAUGCUGUGGCAACAGAAUCCUCUCAGGAAGCAAAGACUGUUGCUGUUGAGGAAAAGGAUGCAGUGUCCUCUGGUCAGGAAGUAAAGAGUCCUGUUGGCAUUGAGGAAAAAAAAGCAGAAGCAGACGAUGCUGUGGCAACAGAAUCCUCUCAGGAAGCAAAGACUGUUGCUGUUGAGGAAAAGGAAGUCGCUGAAUCAGUAGCUGCAAAUCCCACUUCCCCAAAAGAAACGAAUGCUGAAACUUCAGAAACAGGUGGGAUCAUGGAGAAGCAAUGUGGACCCACUUCCGAUUUGGAAACCCAAUCAGUUUUAACAGAAGAGACACCUAACUUGACAGAGAAGUGCACCGCCAAUGCUGAAAAUAAAGCAACGGAGGAAGGAGAUGGGAAGCUGCAACCUCAACUCAAUGAACACGAAACUGAGAAAACUUCGGCAAACGAAGGUGAAAAGCACGAUGAAGAGGUGGGAACUGGGAAAGAGACAAGCAAGAAACUCUCGGCUGCCGCCCCUCCAUUUAACCCAUCUAUGAUUCCGGUUUUCGGGUCAGUUCCUGUGCCAGGUUUCAAAGAUCAUGGAGGAAUUUUGCCUCCACCAGUGAAUACUCCUCCAAUGCUGACGGUUAAUCCUGUCCGUAAGUCUUCUCACCACUCGGUGACUGCAAGGGUGCCAUAUGGUCCACGUCUCUCUGGUAAUUACAACCGAUCUGGGAACCGGGUCCCACGUAGCAAGCCUGUUUUGCAGAAUGGUGAACAUGCCAUUGAUGGUAAUCACUUCAUCCCUCCGUUAAUAAUGAACCCGCAUGCCGCUGAGUUUAUACCAGGCCAGCCAUGGCUUCCCAAUGGUUAUCUGGUCUCCCCAAACGGUUUUCCAGUGUCCCCAAAUGGAUAUCCGGUGUCCCCGAACGGCUUCCUGAUAUCCCCCGAGAGUAUCCCAGUGAGCCCCAACAGUUUUCUGGCAUCUCCUAACAGUUCACUUGCAUCGCCUAUGCUGGCUGCUGAUGAAGUAAUUGAAAGUGGAUCUCAAGGAGAAGAAAAUGCUGAUGUGACCGAAAAGCCUCCUCUGGAAGUGAAAGAAGAGAGCCUGGAGCAGCAAAUAGAUCAGCCCCCAGCUAAUGAAGAGACCCAUCUCAGCGACACUGAACAAAAUCCCAUUCCAAUAGCUGCUGUUUCUGAAGAAGUUGUGAUGGCAGCAAAAGAAGAUUGCAACAGUACUAGAAUUGAGGAAAAACCAGUGAAGUGUUGGGGUGAUUACAGUGACAAUGAAGCUGAGGUAAUUGAGGUUAGGAGUUGAAAGAAGGAUAAAUUCUUUAAAAGGGCACCACAAAUUCGCAUUACUUCAAAAAAAAUGCAUUACUUUUCCCUUGGUCAUACAAGAAAUAGAAAGCGAGGAAGCUGAGUCUGUUUCGGAAAUGAGAAUAGGGAGAUUUACUGUUGUUUUCCCGCAGGACAAGAUGCUUCCAACAUUUCCAUGAUUUGAUUUUGCAGCAUGGAUCAAGGGAUGUCCGGGCAUGGAAUGUUCUGUAAGUUCAUGUUCUCUGUCCUUGUAAAAGAUCAACUAAGAAAACAGCUAAAGGAAUUAAUUAGUUGGUAGAUGGUCCUUUAGAUUUUCUUUCAUCUGUACUUUAAUUGAAAAUUUCAUGCACUAAUCUGAAGAAUUUGGCCUUUCACUUCA